CUGCCGCGGCAGCUCCUCCUUUCGAUUAGGUUCAGUUAGCCAAGGUGGAGGAUGGGAAAAGAAUGGAACUGUCCCAGCUACUCAAUGAGAUCAGGGCAAACUAUGAAAAGCUCCUCACCAGAAAUCAGAUAGAGACCGUGCUCUCAAGAAGGAUCCAGCUAGAAGAAGACAUAAGUAAAAAAAUGGACAAAGAUGAAGAGGCUUUAAAGGCGGCUCAAGCAGAGCUCAAGGAAGCCCGACGUCAGUGGCACCACUUGCAAGUGGAAAUUGAAUCUCUCCAUGCUGUGGAAAGGGGCCUUGAAAAUUCCCUACAUGCCAGUGAGCAACACUACCAAACGCAGCUGCAAGACCUGGAAUCUGUGAUUGAAGGACUAGAAAAAGAACUGCAGGAAGUAAGGUGUGGCAUCGAGAGACAGCUUCAGGAGCACGAGAUGCUUCUCAACACGAAGAUGAGGCUUGAACAGGAAAUAGCCACCUACCGGCGCCUCCUAGAAAAGGAAGAAAUCAGAUAUUACGGUUCUAUCCAAGGUGGGCAAAAAGACCAAAAACCUACCACAAGUAGAAUUGGUUUUGUUUUACCUUCAGCCAUUAUAAAUGAAAUAGCUUAUUCAACAAAAGUCUCACAAAAGUAUGAAAAUGAAAAAGUGGGAACAGUAACUAAACAGGCAACAGUAAAUGGAAACAUCGUGAAGGAGAGCUCUGAAGCACAUGGCACUGUACAGACAGAGAAAGUUGAUGAGGUUAUUAAAGGAUGGGAAGGUUCCUUCUUUAAAGAUAACCCGCCAUUAAGGAAAAAGUCAGUUUCUCUUCGAUUUGAUCUUCACUUAGCAGCCACUGAUGAAGGAUGUUUACAGACUAAACAGGAGAAUCUACCAGAUAUAGAAAUCAGGCUUAUCAUGAGAAGAUCAUGCAGUAUCCCCUCUAUCAAACCUCCAUCAACAGCUAAUUAACCCGGAGACAACAUUUGACAUGAUUUGUAAAUGUCUUUAGGCUGGACCUGGUAGGCCAUGCUAACACUUCCAUCCCUGAAAGUAAGUGAUUAAGUGCUUGUGGAAAAGGUUAUAAUCAAUCUAUGAUUUUCUUCA